AAUAGGCCCUGUUCGUGCCCAAGCACUCCACCCCCACCCCCAGCCCUCACAGUCCGUGCCCCGUAGGAGGGCUCCGGCCUCCAUUGGCAGCAGUGCCCGUCACGGGGCACCCGGCCCCGCGCUGCUGCUCGGCGCGGGGGGUGGAGUGGGGGAAGGGCAGCUCUUCCUGGCAUCCCUCCUCCAGCUCUGCAGAGGUAUCUGUAGAAGUGGGUCUGGUUACACGGCUGCCUCCCCCCCUUCCCUUUUUGUUCUUGGACUCCCCUCCCUCCCCUCCCGCUCCCCCUCCUCUCCUGCCCCCUCCUCCCUCCUCUCUCUCUCUCUCUCUCUCCAGCUGGUGUUCCCGACUGCUGCGUCCUCCCCUCCAUCGCAGCCCCGUAUAACCUGCUCAGUCAGCUGGAGCCCCCUGCGGACAGCUGGCUCACUCCCGCUCCGGCUCUCAGCUGAGCGGAGGCUGCCAGGGAGCGCUGGCUGGGAGCGGGGGCGCAGCGGCGGCGGCGGAGGCAGGACCGCGGCCAGGGGCGCACCGGCGGCGGCGGCCCCCGCAUCUGUCCCGGCCCGGCCCGGGCCCCGCCGGAGGACUCUAUUGUUCCCGCUCUUUGCUCGGCGCCCUUUCUCCUCUCGCCUUCGGAAGGGAACAAUAGCCCGGAGUGGAGCCGGGCGCCUGGCUUUGGAGGCGGCAGCUGCGGCUCCGCGCGCUCGCCCGGGCUGGGCAAAGACACUCCCGACUCUCGGGACCUCUUUUCCCUCCGCCGCCCUCCUCCUGCUGCUGCCGCCUCCUCCAAGGCCUCAGACCCUGAGCCCAAGCCGGACCUGCUGGAGUGCGGGAGCCAUGGGGCAUGCGGUAGGGAGGGUUGCACCCUGCCUCUGCCGGCGAGGAGGCGAGGGGCUUGUGCUCCUCGUUCUUCUCCUCAUCCUCAUCCUCAUGCUCGGGACCAGCGAGGCCGGGACGCACACCGGAGCCCAGACUUCGCUCCUCUAUCUGUGGAAGACGGGUCCCUGGGGCCGAUGCAUGGGAGACGAAUGUGGUCCGGGUGGCAUUCAGACCAGAGCAGUCUGGUGUGCUCAUGCAGAAGGCUGGACAACACUGCAUACAAACUGCAAGCAGACGGAGAAACCAGACACCCAGCAGGAGUGUUUCAAAGUCUGUGACUGGCACAAAGAACUGUAUGACUGGCACCUGGGGAGCUGGAACCAGUGCCAGCCGGUCAUGUCCAAGAGUCUGGUGAAGCCAGCAGAAUGCACCAAGGGGGAGGAGGGCAUCCAGACCAGGGAGAUCGCCUGUCUCCAGAAGGCUGACAGCCUCAGUGCCGACGACAGCAUCUGUGAGUACUUCGAGCCCAAACCCCUCUUGGAGCAAGCCUGCCUCAUCCCUUGUCCACAGGACUGCAUCGUGUCGGACUUCUCACCCUGGUCCGAGUGCUCCAAGACGUGCGGGAGCGGGCUGCAGCACCGCACGCGGCACGUGGUGGCCCCCCCACAGUACGGCGGCUCGGCCUGCCCCAACCUGACGGAGUUUCAGAUCUGCCAGUCCAGUCCUUGUGAGGCAGAGGAGAGCCUCUACAGCCUAAACGUGGGGCCCUGGAGCGCCUGCUCAAUGCCUCACACGAGGCAGAUAAGGCAGGCGAGGAAGCGAGGGAAGAACAAAGAGCGGGAGAAGGACCGAGAGAAAGGAGUGAAGGAUCCCGAUGCGCGAGAACUCAUCAAGAAAAAGAGGAACCGAAACAGACAGAACAGACAAGAAAACAAACACUGGGACAUCCAAAUCGGCUAUCAGACCAGGGACGUUGUAUGUACGCACAAGAACAGCACAAUCACUGACUUCAGCCUUUGCCAACAAGACAAGCUGCCCGUCACCUUCCAGUCCUGUGUGCUCACCAAGGAGUGUCAGGUGUCCGAGUGGUCUGAAUGGAGCCCCUGCUCCAAGACCUGUUAUGAUAUAUCAUCCCCUAAAGGGAAUCGCGUCCGUACACGGACCAUCCAACAGUUUCCCAUUGGCAGUGAUGAGGACUGCCCUGUCUUGGAAGAGAUUGAGCCUUGCCUGACCCAAGGAGAUGGGAUGGCACCAUGUGCUACGUAUGGCUGGAGAACUACAGAGUGGACCGAGUGUCGAGUUGACCCGUUACUCAGCCAACAAGAUAAAAGACGAGGAAAUCAGACUGCCCUUUGUGGAGGAGGAAUCCAAACCCGAGAGGUCUACUGUGUGCAAACCAAUGAGAAUCUUCUUUCUUAUUUGAACACACUCAAGGAAAAAGAAGCUUCCAAACCAGUAGACUGGAAACUCUGCACAGGAACUGUCCCGAACACCACUCAGCUCUGCCACAUUCCCUGUCCUGUUGAGUGCGCCGUGUCAGCGUGGUCAGCCUGGGGACCUUGUACCUUUGAAAACUGUAAUGACCAGCAGGGCAAGAAAGGCUUUAAGCUGAGGAAGCGGAGGAUUACUAAUGAGCCUACUGGAGGAUCCGGAGGGACUAGUAACUGCCCUCACUUGCUGGAAGCCAUCCCCUGUGAAGAGCCUUCCUGCUACGACUGGAAGGCCGUGAAGCUUGGGGACUGCGAGCCGGACAAUGGAAGGCAGUGUGGUCCCGGGACACAAGUGCAGGAGGUGGUCUGCAUCAACAGUGAUGGAGAGGAGGUUGACAGACAGCUGUGCAGAGACGCCAUCCUUCCGAUCCCCGUGGCCUGUGAAGUGCCGUGCCCCAAAGACUGUGUGCUCAGCGCGUGGUCAGGGUGGUCCUCCUGCUCCCAUACUUGUUCUGGCAAAACGACUGACGGGAAACAGAUGCGUGCCCGCUCCAUUCUGGCCUAUGCGGGAGAGGAAGGGGGCACUGCGUGCCCAAACCACAGUGCCUUACAGGAGACCCGCAGCUGCAACCAGCACCCGUGCACUGUUUACCACUGGCAGACGGGCCCUUGGGGCCCGUGCAUCGAGGACAGCUCGGUCUCCUCCUUCAACACUUCGACGGCUUGGAACGGGGAGGCCACGUGCUCCGUGGGCAUGCAGACCAGGAAAGUCAUCUGUGUGAGAGUCAACGUGGGCCAAGUGGGACCUAAAAAGUGCCCCGAGAACCUUCGACCUGAAACAAUGAGGCCAUGUCUACUUCCUUGUAGAAGAGACUGCAUUGUAACUCCGUAUAGCGACUGGACGCCAUGCCCCUCCACCUGCAAAGAAGGGGCCGCUGCGGUGAAGAAGCAGUCUCGGAAUCGCGUCAUCAUUCAGCUGCCUGCCAACGGAGGCCGCGACUGCCUGGAGUCUCUGUAUGAGGAGAGGGAAUGCGCGGCCCCGGAGGUCUGCCACAGCUUCAGGUGGAAAACUCACAAAUGGCGCCGGUGCCAGCUGGUGCCAUGGUCCGUGAGGCAGGACAGUCCCGGCACCCAUGAGAACUGCGGCCCGGGUCUCCAGGCCAGAGCCAUCACUUGUCGCAAGCAAGACGGAGGACAGGCCGAUGUCAGUGAGUGCCUUCAGUACGCGGGUCCCUUACCGGCACUAACCCAAGCCUGCCAGAUCCCAUGCCAAGAUGACUGUCAGUUCACCAACUGGUCCAAGUUUUCCUCAUGCAACGGAGACUGUGGUGCGGUUAGGACCAGGAAGCGUUCGAUUGUUGGAAAAAGUAAGAAGAAAGACAAAUGCCGAAAUUCCCAGCUCUACCCUCUGAUUGACACUCAUUUCUGCCCCUGCGACAAGUACAACGCCCAGGCAGUGGGCAACUGGUCAGACUGCAUCCUGCCCGAAGGCAAAGUGGAGGUGGUCCUGGGAAUGAAGGUUCAAGGAGACAUCAAGGAGUGCGGACAAGGCUACCGCUACCAGGCCAUGGCGUGCUAUGACCAGAAUGGCCGGCUCGUGGAAACAUCCCGCUGCAACAGCCACGGUUACAUUGAGGAAGCCUGCAUCAUCCCCUGCCCCUCGGACUGCAAACUCAGUGAAUGGUCCAAUUGGUCUCGUUGCAGUAAGUCCUGCGGCAGCGGAGUCAAGGUUCGCUCCAAAUGGCUGCGAGAGAAGCCAUACAACGGCGGACGCCCCUGCCCUAAACUGGACCAUGUGAACCAGGCUCAGGUGUAUGAGGUUGUCCCCUGUCACAGUGACUGCAGCCAGUAUAUAUGGAUCAGUGAGCCCUGGAGUGUCUGCAAGGUGACUGUGGUGAACAUGAAGGAGAACUGUGGAGAAGGAGUGCAGACUCGCAAAGUGAGAUGCAUGCAGAACACAGCCGAUGGCCCCUUUGAGCCCGUGGAGGACUAUCUCUGUGACCCUGAGGAAAUGCCCCUAGGUUCUCGCGAGUGCAAAUUGCCAUGCCCAGAGGACUGUGUCACAUCAGAGUGGGGCCCCUGGAGCAGGUGCUCACUGCCUUGCAAUCAAAGCACGUUCCGGGAGAGGUUGGCGGAUCCACUCCGACAGGCAGAUGAGGGGAAACCCUGCCCUGACACCAUCGAGAAGGAGCCAUGCGUCCUAAAUACGAACUGCUUUCACUAUGACUACAAUGUGACAGACUGGAGCACUUGCCAGCUGAGCGAGAAGGCGGUCUGCGGGAACGGCAUCAAAACAAGGAUGCUGGAUUGCGUUCGCAGCGAUGGCAAGUCCGUUGACCUGAAGUACUGUGAAGAGCUCAGCCUGGAGAAGACCUGGCAAAUGAACAUGUCCUGUGUGGUGGAAUGCCCUGUCAACUGUCAGCUUUCUGAGUGGUCACCCUGGUCAGAGUGUACUCACACAUGUGGCCUGACAGGAAAAAUGAUUCGAAGGCGAACGGUAAUUCAACCCUUCCAAGGAGAUGGCAGACCUUGUCCUGUGCUGAUAGAACAAUUCAAACCUUGUCCAGUGAAGCCCUGCUAUCGAUGGCAAUAUGGCCAAUGGUCAAGCUGCCGAGUAGAGGAUGCUCACUGCGGAGAAGGGACCAAAACCAGAAAUGUGUCUUGUGUAGUGAGUGACGGAUCGGCAGAGGAUCUUGGCAAGACUGUGGAUGAGGAAUUUUGUGCAGAAAUCGAGCCCGUUGUAGAUGGAAAUAAGAAGAUGGUGCUUGAGGAAACCUGCACACAGCCUUGCCCUGGUGAUUGUUAUUUGAAAGAAUGGUCAGCUUGGAGCCUAUGCCAGUUAACCUGUGUCAAUGGAGAAGAUCUCGGCUUUGGAGGAAUCCAGGUCCGAUCUCGAGCUGUGAUCAUCCAAGAACUAGACAAUCAGCAUCUUUGUCCAGAACAAAUGUUAGAAACCAAAUCCUGUGACGAUGGUCAGUGCUACGAAUACAAGUGGAUGGCCAGCGCAUGGAAGGGGUCCUCUCGAACAGUCUGGUGUCAAAGAUCGGACGGCCUAAAUGUAACAGGGGGCUGCCUGUUGAUGCACCAGCCUGAUGCUGACAGAUCAUGUAACCCCCCCUGCAGCCAACCUCAUUCCUACUGCAGCGAGACUCGAACCUGUGGUUGUGAAGAAGGAUACACAGAAGUGAUGUCUUCUGAUGGGACGCUGGAGCAAUGCACCCUCAUUCCCGUGGUGGUCAUCCCCACCGUCGAGGACAAAAACGGAGACGUGAAAACGAGCCGAGCCGUGCACCCCACACAGCCCUCCGGUAACCCAUCAGGACGGGGACGGACCUGGUUUCUGCAACCAUUUGGGCCAGACGGACGACUGAAGACUUGGGUGUACGGCGUGGCGGCGGGGGCUUUUGUGUUACUCAUCUUUGUUGUGUCUAUGAUCUAUCUAGCCUGCAAAAAGCCAAAGAAACCCCAGAGAAGGCAGAACAACCGUCUGAAACCUUUGACCUUGGCUUAUGAUGGUGAUGCAGAUAUGUGAAGUUUCCUUGCAAAUGACGCUGACCAGCUUCUGCCUCCUGCCUUUAAAAUAGGUGCCAGCGGUCCUGAGAGUGUUCAACUUGUUUGUGGAUAAACAUGCACUUUGAGCUUUUCUUGAAAAUGCAUCCUAGAACAGAAGAGUAGAAUUCUCAUUGCCGGUGGGGAUUCUUGAGAUGUUAGUACUUCAAACGAAACUAUCCACGUGGAUAAUUCUGGCCGAUGGACUGAUUGAACAAAACAGAUUCUGAGUGAUUUCUGUCAUCUUUUUCUGCAAAAACUGCCACCUGGGUCCUGUUGUCAGGAUGGCCCCUCAUGCCAAGCUCGAUCUUCAGUGUUAAUCAACCUAUUGUAACCUGUUAGCAUGAAGAGUUUCUACCAAGCACUCUACCACAUGCUAUAUUUGAGAAUAAGAACCUGUAUAGCAACUCUGUUGAAUCAUUCUAUUACUCUGUUAGAUCCUUUGUAACAAGCCACUCAAUGCUGGCAAAGUGUAAACUAUAAACAGAGUGGAUCAACCUAUUGAGAAAGCCAAACAACUUGGCAGUUGAUAGCAACAUUUGUUGGCCCUCAUUUCAGGAGGUAGAGACUCAGUUUGAAGACUUCAGUCUUAUCCUGCUCCCAAGUGUCCGUGCCAGCCAGCCAUGCACAUUCAGGUAUCUGAAAAGAUGGUGUCUUCAAAGUUUGCUUUUUUGAAUGACUCAUUUCUGGAAAAUGGAUUCUCUUCAGUUGACACAAUAGGUUUCUACUUUUGCCAACUCCUGCACUUACUGCCUGCAUAUCUAUCUCUCUCUCUC